AUGCAAUCUCCAAAUAUCUGCUAUGGUGUGGCAUUUAGAUCAUUAGCUACUGCUGAUAAUGAUUUAUUUCACCAAACCGUUAAAUUUUAUCAUUCUCUAGGUUUCUCUACAAUUAAAGAUUUCGACAAAUUUAGACAUGGCCAAAACUCUUUGUUAGCCUCUGGUACUUCAGAUGGUUCAAUGAAGGAAGUUUGGUUGGAAGCCUUCAAAUUAAGCGAAGUCGAUGAAUCAGGUUUCAGAAUCCCUCAACAAGAAGCAUCAAACAGACACCAAAGUCAAGGUGCUUUGUUGAAGUUGCGUUUGAUUAUGGACAGAGAAUCUCAUCACGCUGAUAUCAUUAAAACUCCAGUUACUUCAUCAAUUACCUACUUCUCUACCGAAUUAGACCAAAUCUUGUCCACUUUCUCAAAUGCCGUCAAGAUUUCUGACUCUUUGGUCUCUUUGGUCGACCCAUUGGGCAACGAAAUUUACUUCUCUUCUUUUGCUAAUGCCAACGAUACCCAACCAACUGAUAAGAAAUACUAUUUGAACCCAUCUCCAGAAGAAUUAGCUAAAGACAAAAUUGCUUUAGAAGCUGCUACCAUCUUGAAACAAUCUGUCUCUACUAAUGGUAUCAAGAAGAAGCUUGCUGUUAUGACCUCUGGUGGUGAUUCCCCAGGUAUGAAUGCUGCUGUUCGUGCUGUCGUCAGAGCAGGUAUCCACUACGGUUGUGACGUUUACGCUGUUUACGAAGGUUACGAAGGUUUGCUAAGAGGUGGUCAAUAUUUGAAGAAGAUGGAAUGGGAAGACGUCAGAGGUUGGUUAAGUGAAGGUGGUACUUUAAUCGGUACUGCUCGUUCCCUAGAUUUCAGACAACGUUGGGGUCGUAAACAAGCCGCUGGAAACUUGAUUUCUGAAGGUAUCGAUGCUCUUAUCGUCUGUGGUGGUGACGGUUCUUUAACUGGUGCCGAUUUAUUCAGACAUGAAUGGCCAUCUUUAGUCGAAGAGUUAGUUAAAGAUGGUAAAUUCACCCAAGAACAAGUCGAACCAUACAAGAACUUGACCAUUGUUGGUUUAGUCGGUUCCAUCGAUAACGAUAUGUCUGGUACUGAUUCUACCAUUGGUGCUUACUCUUCUUUAGAAAGAAUCUCUGAAAUGGUUGACUACAUCGAUGCUACAGCUAAAUCUCACUCCAGAGCUUUCGUUGUUGAAGUCAUGGGUAGACACUGUGGUUGGUUAGCUUUAAUGGCUGGUAUCGCUACUGGUGCUGAUUAUAUCUUCAUUCCAGAAAGAGCUUCUCCAAAGGGUAAGUGGGAAGAUGACUUAAAGGAAGUUUGUAAGAGACACAAGAGUAAAGGUAGAAGAAACAUCACAGUCAUUGUCGCUGAAGGUGCUUUAGAUAACGAAUUGAACCCAAUUACUGCUGAAGAUGUUAAGAACGUCUUAGUCGAAUUAGGUUUGGAUACCAGAGUUACUAUCUUGGGUCACGUCCAAAGAGGUGGUACUGCUGUCGCUCAUGAUAGAUGGUUAGCUACUUUACAAGGUGUUGAUGCUGUUAAGGCUGUUUUGGAAAACACACCAGAAACUCCAUCUCCAUUGAUCGGUAUUAACGAAAACAAGAUUGUCAGAAUGCCUUUAGUCGAAUCUGUCAAGUUGACUGGUUCCGUUGCUACUGCUAUUGCUGCCAAGGACUUCGACAAAGCCAUUUCUUUAAGAGACCCAGAAUUCAUUGAAUUAUACGAAAAUUUCUUAUCCACUACUGUCAGGGAUGAUGGUUCUGAAUUGUUACCAGAAGAUAAGAGAUUGAACAUCGGUAUCGUCCAUGUCGGCGCUCCAUCUGCUGCUUUGAACGCUGCUACCCGUGCUGCCACCCUAUACUGUUUGUCUCAUGGUCACAAACCAGUUGCUAUCUUGAAUGGUUUCAGUGGUUUAAUUCAAACUGGUGAAGUUAAGGAAUUAUCCUGGUUAGAUGUUGAAAACUGGCACAAUUUGGGUGGUUCCGAAAUUGGUACCAACAGAUCUGUUGCUGCUGAAGACAUGGGUACCAUUGCAUACUAUUUCCAAAAGAACAAGUUGGAUGGUUUAAUCAUCUUAGGUGGUUUCGAAGGUUUCAGAUCUUUGAAACAAUUACGUGAUGCUAGAGAAAAAUACCCAAUCUUCAACAUUCCAUUAGUAUUGAUCCCAUCAACCGUUUCUAACAACGUUCCAGGUACUGAAUACUCUUUAGGUGUUGAUACCUGUUUGAAUGCUUUAGUCCAGUACACUGAUGAAAUUAAACAAUCUGCCUCUGCUAGUAGAAGAAGAGUUUUCGUUGUUGAAGUUCAAGGUGGUCACUCUGGUUACAUUGCUACUUUCACCGGAUUGGUUACUGGUGCCGUCUCCGUUUACACACCAGAAGACAAGAUCAACUUGGCAUCCAUCCAAGAAGAUAUUGCCUUAUUGAAGGAAAACUUCUCCCACGAUAAAGGUGAAAACCGUAACGGUAAGAUUUUGAUCAGAAAUGAAGAAGCCUCAUCUGUAUACAGCACUGAUAUGAUUUCAGAUAUCAUCAGUGAAGCCUCCUCCAAGAAGUUCGGUGUCAGAACCGCUAUUCCAGGUCACUUCCAACAAGGUGGUUCUCCAUCUUCUAAAGAUCGUGUUAUCGCUUCUCGUUUUGCUGUCAGAUGUAUCAAAUUUAUUGAACAAUGGAAUGAAAGAAACCAAAAGACUGGUGAAAACAUUGAUUCUAAGGUUUUGAGAUUUACAUUCAACGACCAAGCCGAAAAAAUACCAACUGUAGAACACGAAGAUGACUCAGCUGCUGUCAUCUGUGUCAACGGUUCCGCUAUCUCUUUCAAGCCAGUUGCUGAAUUAUGGGAAAACGAAACCAAUGUUGCAUUGAGAAAGGGUCAUGAAGUUCACUGGACUGAAUUCAAGGAAAUUAACGAUGUUCUAUCCGGUAGAAUCAGAUUAAGAGCUGAAAUCGCCGAAUCUGCUAACGAAUCCCAAUAA